AUGGCAGAAGCAGAUCUCGAGACCCAUGGCUUCGAUCCGGUCGAGCGCACAGCUAUCCAAGGAUCUGAACACAUGGACGGCCGUGAAGUUCAAGAACUUUCCUAUUCGAAGGCUGCACGAUGGACUUCGGAUAAUGCUGAGUGGCACUCUACAUAUCUAGAUAGGGUCAGUCAGCUUGUCGAAAGAUUCAAGAACUUCACCUGUAUUGUCUUCUGGUCCCUAGGAAAUGAAGCCUUUUAUGGACAGAAUCAUGCUGCCAUGUAUCGAUGGAUCAAAUCAUCAAAGAGAGGGAUCCUACCCGACUUCGUCAUGUAUGCCACGCCAGAUGAGCUUGUGCAGCAUGUAAAGGAGAAUCCAGAUCGGGCACUUAUCCAGUGCGAAUAUGGCCACGCCAUGGGGAAUGAACCCGUGUCAGUUCGGCUUGAAAAAGAUAAGAUCAUCUUUAAGAAUCAUUACGACUUUGCCGACCUCAGCCACCUUGUUGCUUCCUGGCAUCUAGUCGGGGAAACUGGAGACACAACGCCGACACCAUUGGAGCUACUGAUUACCCUCCCAGGUGAAGAAAGCGCCGUGGAUUUUCCGAGCCCCCCCAAUGACUUUCGUGGAGAAACUUGGCUCUCGAUUCAUAUUUUCCUCAAGAACGAAACUGUCUGGGCACCUCAAGGUCAUGAAGUCGCCUGGUCCCAGAUGUUACUCUCCAAGCCUCAAGCAUCUGGGCUAGCCCCGGUGAUAGGCAACCGAGAUUUGGUGCUGUCAUUGCAAGAGUUUCCAGGAAAACUAGUCGUAUCAUGGCCAAGCUUGGACCAACCAUUUGAUAUAGAUCUUGUCAGCGGCAACCUUACUUGGGCCAACGAAAAGGGUACAGUUCUUUCGAAAGGACCAGAGUUGAGCUUGUAUCGGGCUCUCACUCAGAACGAUCUCGGCUUUGGGGGAGACGGCAAGGAGUGGUCCAAGUUUAGGGUUGCUGAAGCUAGUACCCAUAUUCAAUGCUUCACGUGGUCGGUCAACGAGGAUCAUACUGUUACAGUCAAAGCAGCUGUGAGGGUUGCUCCUCCGGUUCUGGAAUGGGCUUGUGAUGCUGAUAUUACUUAUACUCUUGGUUUUGGCGCCAUAUCUAUUCAUGUUAAGGGUGGAUUCUCGGGGACUGUUCCGAAACAUAUCCCACGUCUAGGUCUUACAAUGUCGUUACCCAAGGUCUACAACAAGGCAACUUGGUUCGGACGCGGCCCUGGAGAGUCAUACAGGGACAAGAAGGAAGGAGCUAGAUUCGGUCGAUGGUCAGCGUCAAUCGAGGACUUGCAGACCAAGUAUGAAUGGCCACAAGAGAAUGGGAACAGGAGUGACGUCCGAUGGGUCCGGAUUGAGUCUGGGAAUGCGACUUUGUUGGCUUGCAUGGACGUUCCUUUGAACUUUUCGCUGAGGAAAUAUUCGUUAGAGGAUUUGGAUAAAUCACUUCACCCAUACGAGCUCACAGAGUUGGAUGAGACAGUGUGCAAUCUCGAUUUUGCUCACCAUGGCAUUGGGUCUGGAAGUUGUGGACCGCUGGCUUUCGAGGGAGACCGUCUGGAGACCAAGUCUUUCGAGUUCAGAACAUUACUAAAAGUAGUGUAA